CCUGUGACCUAACCUAAUAUUUUUUGUUUAGUUUUUGAAAAUUCAAUUUUACGUAUAUCAUAAAAGAAAACCAUAAUUAUCUAAAAUAUUUGGGCGCCAUGGACGUAGAAAUAUCCCUAGACUCGAGUAACGAAGCCGUUUCAAACUCUAGUGACGUUACGUUGCCCCAACACGAAAUUCAAUCUUUGGUCUUAUCUAAUGGCCCCAAAUGGUCUCCGGAGUCUUUGACUGAUAAAAAUAGAAAGAGCGCUUUCCAGCCUUACAAACAGUGUCCCACCUCUACAACGGUGCUCACUAACUUACAGAGAGGCAACACCCAAGCGGAAACCUUUACACCGCAAGCAGAAAAACUAACUUUUCACAUGAAAGCUGGCCAAGGUGAACUAAACGGAGAGGACAUCCUUAAAGAACCCAAUGUUGAUAUCUUGGACUCCAAUGGGCUCACAGCCUUGCACUGGGGCUCCGCUUAUGGCCAGUUGAAUGCAGUUGAGAUGCUGCUCAAGUGUGGCGCUGACGUAAAUAAGUUGGGACCCGAUGAAGAGACUCCUCUUAUUUUAGCUGCCAACGGGGGUCAUCAUGAGGUCAUCAAAUUAUUGCUUAGUAAUGGAGCCAACGUCAAUCAUGAGGAUCAUUUGUGCAACACUGCAUUAAUGUAUGCGGCCAAAGGAAAUCAUCCCCAUACUUGUCUCGAGUUGUUACUUCAGGGUGCUAACUUUGGCUUGGUUAAUCUCGAGGAUGACACAGCCCUGACUAUCGCUACAGAAAAUAAUAGUACGGCCGCACAAGUCGUUAUAGAGAAUUAUAUAAUUUCUUUUAUGGAGAGCCACACUAAGAAAGAAGAGAAGGAAAGUGUGAAUUAUGGGUUGUAGCGGUUAAAGGGCUUUAAUUAAGCAUAUCUGUGAUCUAAAUUAGGUUUUUAAUUGUAAUUAUGUUGUUUUUUCUAAUAAAGUUCUAAAUUAGC